UUUGGCCAAAAAAAUUAAACAUUAAAGAAAAAUUAAAAAGAAUAAAACAUUAAAGAAAUAAAAAAAGGCCACAUUUCCUAAAACUUCAGCUGAAGCUUCCAUUUUCAGCUGAAGAACACCAUUCGCGGUAACUGAAGAAGGAUCGAAGAACAGAAGAAAUCAGCUGUUGUUCAAGAUUGGAGAACACCAUUCAUCACAUUUAUGUUAAACUUCAACUGAAGAACACCAUUUUCAGCUGAAAAAUCAAAGAGCACUGCGAUUUCUCUGAACAUGAACUGAAGAAGACGAUUAUCCUCUCAGCUUCGUUGUUCAAGAUUGGAGAGCUAAGAAGACGAUUUUCUUCAAAGAUUUCUGGAAGCUGAAGCUAAGUCGCCUUUAUAUGAAGAACUGAGUUGUAGAUAAGUCGUCUUUCUUCGAAGAACUAAAUUGUUGAAGCUGGCGAUACCUACGAUAUUUUGUCCCUAAUAUAGAUUUCGUCAACUUCCAAAUUUCUACUUCCAGUAGAAGGAAAGAAGUGGGUGAUAACUGGUCUUCGUGAUGCUUGGAGGCGACACAAGCAAAAAAUUAAAAAGAUUUUUUUUGAUAAAAACAGUACCAUUGAGGAUAUGCUAGCAAAAUGUCUUGAUGGCAUUCCACAUAAUCAAUUCCGCCAGUUGAUCGAGUAUUGGAAACACCCAACUGUUCAAGCUAUAUGCGAGAUGAAUUCUCAAAACAGGAAAAAACAAAAGUGGAGGCAUCGAAUGGGACCUAUUAAUUUUGCUAGAGUACGCGUGGCAUUGCGUGCAGCCAAAGACAACAACGAAGAACCAUCAAAGCCUGAAAUAUUUAUUGCAACUCGUACCAAGACGGGAAAGGAAAUCCAGGCUGAUACCCAAGUUGCAAUAGCUGAACUUCAAAAUCACCAAAAUUCUGGGGAAACAACUGAUGAUGCAUUUAUGGCAGUGUUUAGAAAGGAGCAGCCUGGUCGAGUUAGGUGCUAUGGUAGAUCAGUGACAACAAGUUCUUUGAAGAAAGAUGAGGAAAUUAACAAUCUAAAACAAAAGCGUGCCGAUGAAAUCACUUCUCUAAAGGAAGAAUUGAGAGAAGAAAUGCGACAUUUGUUCACUCAAUUGCUGCAAAACAACCCUGGAUUGAAUUUUCAAGAUAUACCAGGGUGUGUUGGAUCUAACCUUGCUUCACCUAUUGAUGCAAGUACUGCACAAGCUGUAAGAGGCACAAAUCUUCCAUAUUCUUCGGGGUCAGCUCAAGAUUCGGUUCUUCAAAAGGAAAAUGCAGGUAACUGAAUUUGAAUUUGGCCAGAAGUAAACUCGAUCCAUUGUGGCAAAAGAUGAAGAAGUUUUUGUAUUGUUGUCAUAUACGUUUGAAUGACACUUUUGGAUUUUUGGAACUUGUUGAUAUUAGAGAUCUUUAAGCAAUCACUUUCUAUGUUU